ACUGGAGAGCACGAUCGGAGAGGCUCUGCAGGAUCCUCAGACCGGAUCGAUGAAUUCGUCUUCCGGCUCCAACGCGUCGGACUCGACGUAUCGAGACUCCUACACGACGGUCCUGGCCAAAAACGUGCUGGUCCUGUUUCUGGGCCUCAUCGUGAACUACAUCAACGGCUCUCUGAUCCACACCUUCAGGAAGCACCAGAUAUUCUACGUGAACCCUCGUUACAUCCUCUUCAUCCACCUGGUGGUGAACGACAUGAUCCAGCUGACGACGACCAUCACCCUGUUCGUCUUGAGCUACGCCUUCUACGCCAUCAACGUGUCCCUGUGCUGCGUCUUCAUCACCUUCACCGUCUUCACCACCUUCAACACGCCGCUGAACCUCGCCGUCAUGGCCGCCGAGUGCUACGUCGCCAUCUGCCUGCCGCUGCGGCACGCCGAGCUCUGCACCGUCGGGAGAACCUACGCGGCCAUCGGCCUGAUCUGGGCCGCGAGCGGCGUGUCGGUGCUGCUGGACGUCGUCAUCGUCGUGGCCACGGAGCCCGUGGGCUGGUUCCACUCCACCGUGUUCUGCAAUAGGGACUCUCUGUUCCGCCACCCGAUCCACUUCCUGAAGAGGGACGUGUCCUACGGCGUGUACCUGGCGGCCGUGUGGCUCACGCUGCUCUUCACUUACGUCAAGAUCUUCUGGGCGGCCAAAGCCUCCAGCGCGUCCAAUGGAGACACGAAGAAGGCCCGGAGCACCAUCCUGCUGCACGGCUUCCAGCUGCUGCUGUGCAUGUUCACCUACGUGACCCACCUGGUCAGGAAUGCCGCGGUCCGCCACUUCCCGGGUCAUGAGGUCAACGUCGCGUUCUCCUUGUACAUCGUGGUGCAUAUCGUCCCCCGGCUGCUCAGCCCGGUCGUGUACGGGCUGCGGGACAAGAGCUUCAGGAGGCACCUGAAGAAGUACCUGUGUCCGUGA